AUGUCGUGGACGCCGACCGAGCACUUCCUCCGCGGGAAGAUCAUCAAGCCGUUUCUCCCCUUCGAGAAACACCCGAACCUCUUGAACGACCACUUGCGCAACUUGUACCCUGGCGACGAGGUCUACAUCUUCGAAACCAAAGGUACCCGCUGGGCGAGAGGGUAUGUGUGUCUGAAGCCGUUCCCCAACGACUUCACCAUCACCUCGGUCAACUUGGACGAGUUGCCGGGGAUCAACAUCAACGUGGUGGUGUUCCCGUUGAAGUAUGUCAAAGUGAUCGAACAAUUGCCCAUUGUCAACAUCACCGUCGACCAGCAGUUCAACAACGUCCACCGUACCAACGGCGACGUCGUGCCGACGAUCCAGGACUCGGAGAUCGCCCACCGCCAGGCGUUGGGCACCGCCGACGACUUGCAACGCGACCCGAGGGAAAUGGUGCCUCCUUUACCGCUGUACAAGUUGGAUAAAGGCCAUGACUUGAUCAUGGAGAUCAAGCACACGUUGGAGUUGCUCAUGUGCCACAUCUUCGCCUUGUACUCCAUCGGCGAGUUCCGCUUGUUCCACAAGUUGCUGGCGAUCUUCUACUCGUUGCACGAGACGCGGGUCAAGUUGAUGAACUCGUUGUUGACCACCAACGAGAUCCAGGUCGCCAAGGAAACGGCGACGUUCUUGCUCAACAAGAUCCCCAAGAAGUUGGCGCUGCGCGCCGCCCGUCUCAACGCCACCCUGUACGACUUGGACAACCUGUACACCGACAUCUCCGGUUACAAGGCCAUCCUUGCCCGCGACGCCUUCCUGGGAGAGUUGCUUAGCAACGCCAACGCCAGCCCCUCGCGCAUCGCCUUCAACCAGGUGUUGUGUUCGUUGGAGCCCAACUUCCCCAUCAACAUCCACCACAACCAGCAGCAGUACCUGUUGAUGCCGGCGCCCAACCGCAAGUUGAACCACGAGCCGCCGUCGCACAUUUUGGUUGACUUCAAGCUGGUGCUGGGGUCGUCGGGGUACCAGCCCCCGGGGUUUGCCGGGAUGAUCGCCUACCUCUACAUCCGUAACAACCGCAAGCGGUUGACGGAGGCGUUUGCCGUUCACACUAACUCCGUCGACGAGUUGGUCCAGGUGGAGAAGAUCCUGGCGGCGCUUUUCCGCAACAUCCCCUCGCUGGAGAUCGAGAACCUGAGAGUGUACCUCGUCGCCGUACUUACGGAAGAGGUCGACUUAUCGCAAAAGACGCAAGGGGUGCGCCUGGUGCGGCGGGUGAAGAAAGGGGUCGCUGCCGGCGUCACCGACAUCACGCGGAUCUUCUCGCGCAACCAGGGGGCGUUGGAGCUGGGCGAGGCCCACCAGUUCACCAUCCGGUUGUUUGGCUCGUACAUGAACCACAAAAAGGGCCACCGCAACGACGACUUGGCGCUGGCGGGCGUCAUCAACAACGGGUGGGGGGAGCUCGUCGACCGCAUCAUCGCCGGCGCCAACCACGGGGUGGCGGUGAACCCGCGGGCGGAGAAGUUAGUGGUGCUGGUCAAGGAGUUCAAGCACCAGUUCUCGGCCCAGCUGUACAACCCAGUGACGCUGGCGCCGAUCUCGCGAAUUAAGCCCAUCUUCUUCGACCCCCUCGCCGAAAACUACGAGCGCAUUUACUUGACCAUGGGCAAGAUCUCCUUGCUCAAGCCGUCGCUGAAGGACGACUUGUUGACGUUCGAGGUGCUGACCCCCAACAACGACCUCAUCACGUUUGCCAAGGCGCUGAACCAACAGGAAAAACGCCUGUGGCAGUUCAUCUCGGUGUUCCCCGACGAGGUCAUCGGCGAAAUCGUCAAGGUCAACGGGGUGUCGUUGAAGAACCCGUCGAAAAAGCUCCCCAAAGAGGAUUACAUCGUGCUUGAAUUGUUCGUCAACGGGGUGCUUGCCGGGGAGGGGAAACUCUUGUAUAAGCUGGGCAACCGCCUCGUCGAGUUCAACAAGAAAAAGACCCACACCAUCGACAUCGUCUCCGUCACCACCAAGUUGCCCAUGGCCCAGCUCGAGUUGCUGACCGAGUACAUCGGCAAGAUCUACAACCUGGACGUGCUGAUCGACCACAUCUUCCAGUUUGAGCGGUUCUUCAAAGUGGGGCAAAAGGGCGUCGACGAGUUGCUGAACUCGUUGGUGGCGUUCUGCAAGUUGGACAUCUCCCAGUUGGUCAAGUACUUCCCCGAGCUCUUGCUGCUGUUGUACCUGAUUGUCGACAUACUGAACGCUCAGCCGCCGCUGCCGCUGAUCGAGAUCCUCCAGGACAAUGCGUUUAAGGCGAUUGUCCAUCUCUUGGACACGGUGUUCGGCAAGCAGGACCAGUACUUGUACCUUAUGGACACGUUCACCCACCGCUACACCAACUUACCCCCAUUGGGGGUGUUUUUGCUCACCAAGAUCUCCGAGAUCUUCUCCCGCGCCGAGCUGAACUGGAACCUGAUGUGCCGGCUGAUGUGCCGCAUCUUGCUGUUGUUGCUUAAGCUCGCCAUCCACUCCGUCGACCCGUCGGUGUCGGAUAAGUUCAUGAAGGCGUUGGGCCUGUUGUUCAAGCUGGCGGCGUUCUUCUUGCUGAUCCAGCUGAACGCGUUGAUCAACGACCAAAUCAUGAUCUUGGAAAUCAUCGACUACGUGCUCAUGUUCCGCGCCCACUUGGACGAGCUUAAGAUUUUCCGCUUCAUCGUCAACUUUAUCGACUUGAUUGGUACUCGCGGGUUGGGGGCUAACGAAGACGUCUACAACAUGAAGAAGCCCCAAGGGGUGCAAAAGGACCACAAAAUCGUCAUCCUGAAGCUCAUGUUGAUCCACCGCUUGUUCAACACCCUGGUGGCGGAACUGGCGGAAACGAGACUGGUGUUGGUGGCGAAGUCGGUGACGUGGGCGAUGCAGGUGUUGCUUGGUCCCACCGACAUCGAGGCGACGAGAUUGGCGUGCUCGGUGUUGAGCGCGGUGUGCUCUCUCCUCUGGGACACCGUGUUUGAAAAGGGCCUCACCGACGAGAUCGACUUGUGCUACUCGUUGCUGAAGCUUUUGCCGGCACUUCUGCGCACGUUCAUCAAAUACAACAAGUUCACCCGCGGCAACGACUACUUCAAGCUGCGCCGCACCUUCACCCACAUCUUCCCCACCGAGUACCCAUUUAAGGAAGUGCUGAUUGACCCCAUCGUCAACGACGAGGUGCUUGUGGAGGUGUUGGUGGAAAUCUGCACCGUGUUCUGCUUCAUUGCCAAGAUCGGUAAGGCCACCGCCGGCAACGAAGGGUUCUCCAAGAUCCUCAACACCAAGAUCACCAACGACUUCUUCUUGCCCGACCAGUACCUCGCCCACGACUUCCAAAACGAAGAUAUCAUCACCCUUAUCUCGGGGGUGAAGUUGAUGAGACAAGGUAAGUUUUUCCCCGAAGACAAGUGGCUCACUCUCUACGCCAUGAUCGCCGAGGGCCUGUUGACGGCGUUGGAGCUUGUGCGCCCGUUGCUCAUCCACUACUAUGUUCCCGCCAUCGAAGAGCUGGAAAUGUUUGACCGGGUGCUUUGGGGUAACUACCUCAAGACGUUGUUGAGACUCGGGACGUUGGCGCCCGUAUCUAUCGAACACUUGCUGAGCGUGCCCAAGAAGGCGGCGUUCCAGAUCACGGGUACCAUGCGUGACCGUAUUGCUUACUUGGUGAAUGAGGCCUGGGAUGCCUUAGCCUGGGACGCUACCAACGAAGACAUCUUGCGUUUCAACUUGAACAAGUUUGGCGGUUACCAAGUGGAGUUUAUCAACCACGACUACGGCAUUUUGCAAGACCUUAUGUUGUUCCUGUUGCAACGUAACUUCGAGUGUCAGUCAGUGGGGGUGAAGAUCUUAUGGCUGAUUGUCAUUUCCGAGUACAUCUUGCUGGACACCGUCGUUGACAUUGAGAAGGAGUGUCUUGUGGGGUUGCACGACAUCUACUACCGCAACGCCUACAAGCCCAGUAAGCUGGAACAAGAACGGUUUAUCGAGCGGAUGAAGGUGACCAUCUGCUUGGACCGCGAAGACGAAGCAUUCGGCCUUGUGUACAAGUUUAUCGAGACUCUCCGUGGGUUCAUGGACGUGCUCAACGACUUGAAUGCGGUCCCGGUGGGACCUGAGUUUGACGACGACCGCACCUUCCACAAGCUCAACAUCAAGGCCUACCUCAAGAACGCCAACAAGCCGGAGUUGUUCCAUUCGUUCAUCAACUCGAUGUACGAAGAGCACUUGGCCCGCAACGACUACAUCCAGGCGGCGCUCUCGCUCGAGUUGUUGGCGCUGACCUACCAGUGGGACCACAACACCAUUUUCCCGGCGCUGUUCCGCCCCAAGUUCCCCGAGCAAACGGCGUUUGAACGGAAGGAAACGUUGUACAAGUUGAUUGCCAACAACUACAUCAAGGGCAAUUCGUUGGAACGGGCCACCGACACCUACAAUGAGCUUUUGGACGCCUACAACAAGCACACCUACGACUUGAAGCUGUUUGCCUACGUCCACAACAAGUUGGCCAAGUUGUACCUUGACCUCGAGCUGAUGGACAAGUUGCUGCCGCUGUUCUUCAGGGUGGCGUUCAUCGGCGCCGGGUUCCCCACCAACAUUCGGGGCAAGGAGCAGAUUUACGAAGGGUUGCCGUUUGAGCACAUCACCCUGAUCCAUGAACGGUUGCUCCGCUUGUACCCCGGGGCCCGCAUCGUGCUGGACGACGAGGAGGCCCGUCGUUUACGCGAACGUAUCCAGACGGGGCGUUACUUACACGUGCAAACGGUGGAGCCGGUGGCGGAGAUCUCCGACAAGUUGUUCAACACGUCGAUCGGGGUGCGGCAAUACGCCCGCAACAAGGACUUGCGCUUUUUCACUACCAACCGCAAGAUCCCGGGGCUGAGCUCGGUGUUUGACUUGUGGACGGAGGAGACGACCUACGAGACCUACCUCUCGUUCCCGACAUUGAUGAACCGCCUGGAGAUCAAGGCGACCACCGUGGUGAAGUUGCUGCCGUUGGACAACGCCAUCCGCACCGUGGUGUCGAAGAACAACGACCUCGUCCAGGUGGAGCUGAUGAUCAACAUCGCGUUCGAGGAGAAGACCGACUACACGUCGUUGAUGAACGACUUGCUGCGCCACUUGGCGGGCACCGUCGACUCCCCCGUCAACGGGGGCGUGGGCCAGUACCGCACUUUCUUCUCCGACGCCAAGUACAACAGUAAGGAAGAGUACGCCGCCAAGAUCCGCAUUCUCCGCCUGGCAUUCAACGACUUGACCAUCAUCUUGAACCGGUGCUUGCACUUGCACGGUAAGCUCGUGCCGCUGACGAUGAAGGGGUCCCACGAAGUGUUGGUCGAGUUGUACCGCAAGAACUUCAAGGAGGACAUCGAGGCGUUGAAGAUCAGCACCGACUACGAGAACCUGAUCUACAACCACACCACGCCCCACUUCCAGCCGCAAACGCUGAUUAUGAGCGACAAGCGCUCGGUGCUGGGGAUGCUGAGCUCGAACAACACCACCGGUGGUUCCGGCCCCCUGAUCCCGGGGUCGCUGAUCCCCGGGUCGAUCUCGGGCCCGUUGUUGCCCGGUAACCACGCCCCCGGGUCGCGGUUGAUCCGGACCCAGCUGACGACGUCGCUGGCGUCGCUGGCACUGGGGGUGUCGGGGCUUUCGUUUGAUAAGAGCUCCUCGGGCGUCGACCAGUUGAGCAUGGGCACGGGGCUGACCAAGAAGCGCACCGCCUUGAACUGGAGACUGAUGGUGAAUUAG